ACCCGGUAUUUAUCUCCUCCCCCAAGAGAGGUAUAUUCACAGACGGUUUGUGUAGACGAUCAGGCUGCCCUACCCUAGUCAGUGUGCCACAUACCAAGGUCGGCGGACCCGAGCUGAGGACUGGUUGCCUGUACACCGCCCCGUCAAGUCAAAUCCGUAUUAUAAUUAGGAUGCCAAUAAUGACAAAGCCUAGCACAGCGCCGUCAGAGCUAGAGAAGAAGACGGUCGGUGUCCCUCAGCCCCAGCUCGCAGCCUCGCUGACACUGCUCCCUACCUACCUACUCCCUAGCCCUCACCAGCUGGAAGCCACAAGGGCAGACUUAAGCGUGGCUCUGUCCGUACAGCAAUCGUGAUGGGCCGCAAGACUCACUAUGCUCGUUGUUCUGCUCGUGUGCGCUGCGGCCGCCGCAGCCGCCCUUCUCCAUCUCCUCCGCCGCAUCGUUCUCCCUCCCCCCAACUUCCCCCAAAACAUCCCCACCAUCCCCUUCUACUACGCCCUGAUCCCCCUCCUCCGCGACUGCGACCAAGAGCAGCUGUACCGCCGCUACCUCGAGGCCCCGCUGGCCGCCCACGGCGCCGUCAACCUCUUCUUCGGCGGGCGGUGGAACGUGCUGGUGCAGCGGCCAGCGUACAUGCUCGACGUCUUCCGCCGCGAAGACGUCUACGCCAAAGCCGGCAACCAGGUCAAGAUCCCCCAUGCCGUCCUGGCCCAGUAUACCGGCGACAACAUCAUCUCCGCCCACGGCGCAAACUGGCGGCUUUACGCCUCUGUCGUCAAGCCCGGCCUCCAGCAAGACUUUGCCAGAAACGCCGCCCCGCUCUGGCGCAAUGCGCAAAAAGUCCUCGCCCUGAUGCUCGCUGAGGACGACGCUGUCCUCGUUCCCUCGCUCUUGCAGCGCUACACGCUCGCCAACCUCUCCGAAUGCCUCCUCGACGCCCCGUUCGGGACGCUGGACUCUCCCUCGGCGCCGCUGCACGCGCUCCAAUCCGCGCUCAAACCCCUCAUCUUCGACCCCGUCUUCCUGAACUUCCCCGUCCUGGACUUCCUGCCCCUGCCCUCGCGCCAGAACGCCCGCAAACUCGCGCGCCAGUUCCACGCCGAGCUUGCAGACACGCUCCGCCACGCCCACGCGGGCCACUCGCAUGCUACCCUCGCGCCGGACAGCAGCCUGGGGUGUCGCCUGCUGGCUGCGCGCGAGGCGGGCAAACUGACUGAGACGCAGUUCACGCACAACUGCGUCAGCGUCUUCCUCGCUGGCCACGAGAACCCGCAGCUGCUGCUCACGUCGGCCAUGUUUCUGCUGGCCGAGCACCCGGCGUACCAGCGGCUUCUGCGGGCGCAGGUGCGGGCGUGCAUGGCCGAGUGCGGGGUUGGGGUCGGCGACGUGUCUGGCGAGGGCGAGGCACAGGAAAACGUCCAGGGAAAAGGCGGGGACGCUGCUGCAGCCCGCCUAGCGCACCUCACCACCCGCCUCGCCGCCCUCCCCCUCCUCACGGCCUCCAUCUACGAAACCCUCCGCCUCUACCCGCCCAUCAGCCAGCUCAUCAACCGGCGCACGACGUGCACAACCGCGCUAGGCGGUCCCGCAUCAGGCAUCCUCAUCCCGGCCGGGACCUACGUCGGCUACCACGCCUACAGCACCGGCCGCGACACCAGCGCCUGGGGCACCGACGCCUCGUCCUUCCGGCCCGAGCGCUGGGGCAGCACCGCCGACGCCGUCGCCGCCAUGUAUCGUCGUGUGAGCGCGUCGGGCGCGUUUACCGCGUUCCAUGGCGGCCGCAGAGCCUGUCUGGGGCAGCGGUUCGCGCUGCUCCAGGCGAGGGUGAGCUUGGCUGUGUGGUUGGCGGGCGCGGAGUGGUGUCUGGAUGAGGGCUGGGAAAGGCAAAUGACGGCUGCGGGGCCGUUGUAUCCGCGGGCGUUGAGGGUGAGGGUGAGGCGGUGAUGGUGAUGGGACGGGCGUGUUUAAAGUAGCAGUAGUUGUCCAUGUAUGUAGGUUCAGUCGUCUCGCUCUCAAUAAUGCGCAAAUCUGCUCACGCACAAGAAAAACAUGCUCAUCCAUCCGUCCGUCGCUCGCCGAAACAUGCGCAGUGCCGCAGCCAACUCGCGAAAAAAACAUGCUCAACCUUCCGUCACGGAAACAUGCUCACGCCCGCUCACGAUUAGCGAUUGGCCGCUCUCAAUCUCGCACCCACCUAUGUACCCUAACUACGAGUACAUAACUACGCACUCCAU